CCUUUUCCAAGGAAAAUGGCUUGCCGCCGUUGAAGGCGAACAAACCGGGUAUCCUGUAUCUUGGCAAUCCAUCGGGGAUCAAGGCCGUUGGGCUAGCUGCGCUUUCUUCGGCAGUAAGAUCAAGAUCCAGGAACCAUGGAACAAAAUAAUCUGGAACAUCGUGACCUCCAUAAUUUCUUUGGAUUAAAACACGAGCCAUUAGAAUUAAUUCGUUAUGCACCAAUUGUACUGAUGUAAGGAGGCCUCAUGAUUAAAUGCACUUUAUACAAUUCUCAAAGAUUUAAAUCCAGACUCAAGUUCAAGACUUUCCAACGCCGUAAGGUGACGGCCUUGAGACACCUGAAGAGCUCUAUAGGAAGGUCUCGGCGAAGGAUAAUACCAAGAAGCUGUGCGUUCACCAGCAGCAGUGAACUCGAGAAGAAGAGAAGAGAAAAUGUACCGUUACCCAACGUUACGUCAGCCAUAUCUUCAGUAGGUCACCGGGUGAUCGUUCCGACACGAAUACCUUUUGUAUUGUCAUACCGUUUACCGACUGACGCCCUCGCUUCCAGAGGAAGCUUCAAAAAUUCCACAGCGUCCUCACACCCGAAGAAAGGGAUCACUGUCGACCCAUGAUCUUCUCCAGGUCUUCUAGGUAUCCUGUGUUCCUUGCAGUUCCUAGGACCUAUCCCUAGGUCUUUUGUUAAAGGAAGGUUCAGUGUAUUUCAAAUGUUUGUCAAGUGAUUCUC